GUAAAUAAAACAAGCCGACUGUUGUACCCGUGGCGAUCCCGGGGUGCGCUCGUUCACGUCGUCCCCCGCGCACGUUCACGCGAACGAGUGCGUCACAAGCGCGCCACUUCAACACUGCGCCUCCUCGCGUGGAAAUCUGAGGACAGAUGUUUCGAUUUAAGUCCCUAGAUGAAGACUGUACAUUGGAGGAAGAAGAUGAGGGACUGGCAGAAGAAGAUGAAAUUGAUCAGUUCAACGACGACACGUUUGGAGCAGGCGCCAUCGACGAUGAUUGGCAGGAGGAACACAAGCGCCUGGCUGAGCUUGAUCAACGAGAUGGGCUUGGAGAGGGGUUUGGGCUAGAAAGAGGUGGGAUGGGAGGUGAACUAGAUUUAGGAGCGGCUGAAAAGCCAUCCUCCACCUAUGUUUCAUCUUCAGCUGACCAUCUCCCCUUUCAGUCAUCCCUCUCUUCACCCCACCACUCUUCUUCCCCAGGCAGACCUCAGCCAGAUGUGGAUGACGGAAGAAGGGAAGGUGACUUGGCCGAGUCGCUGGCAAGACUGGUCCUCGACGCUGACCCAGCAAUUGCUGGAGUUGGGGCUGCAGAGAGGCCUGGUUUCUCCCACAACCAAAGGUUGGAGCAUGACUCAAGACCCAAAAUUCUGCUUCAACCUUCCACCAUUUCGGAUUCAACUCGCACACACCAGCAAACCCCUGGGCCGCCCACAGGUCUUCCUCCUGGUCAUCUUCCCUCAUCAAUGCUCAGCUACCAACAACAACAACAUUUACUACGCUCAGGACCUGGUCAGAUGAACUCCCACAGUAUAUGGGAGAACAGUAUGGGCUUUGGACCAGUCAGUGUUACCCCUGGACUAGUUACACAAAUGGAGGAUAGUCCGUUAAUGUCCAUAAUAAAGGAGGCGGGACUUCCAAAGCGCCCAGUUCAGGGGAGAAACGAUGAGGGACGGGAUUUUUCAGAAAGAGUUCCACCUCCACGCUCUUCUUCUCCUGUCAUUGGCUCCCCCCCAGUAAGAGCGGUGCCUAUUGGAACUCCGCCCAAGCAGCCAAUGAGUCACACCUUAAAUCAUCAGAUCCACCAUCCCACAGCAGUUCAUGUGAGAGCCCCAAUUCAGCACAGAUACCCGCCUCCUUUCCCGGAACGUCUGUCACCAAACACUCUACUCAAUUUAGCUAACUCGCCUCUGUAUCGUGGACCAUUUCCUCCAGGAGUCGGUCCUGUGCUUUCCCAGAUUCAAAGAGCCCAGCUUCUUAACUCUCAGGUGGCAGGUGUUCACCGUGGCAGUCCAAUGCCUCCUCUGUUACCAGGCGGAGGAAGUUUCAGGCCAUUUUUCGGUGGCCCACACCCUCCCCACGGUCAUCGAAUGGGUCCCCUGCCCCAUCUUGGCCACCCUAACCACAUACCGCCCAUCAGACACAGUGCCACCCACCUACACCCCCAACAUCGCCGCAUGCUCACCCAGCGCAUGCAGAACAGAGGAGGGGACCGUAACAGGACUGGAGGGGACUGGCACAGCAGGGAUCCAUACAGUAACUUGAUGACUCCGAAAGAGAAGGAAUGGGUCACUAAAAUUCAAAUGAUGCAGCUUCAGAGUACUGACCCUUUCUUGGAUGACUACUACUAUCAGAACUACUACGAAAAGAUGGAAAAACGUCAGGAGAGAGAAAGAGACAGCAGUAAAAAAGAACAUACGACCAAGCUCAUUACUCCACAAGUUGCCAAGAUUGAACACACCUACAGACCAGUUCAGUUUGCGGGUUCUCUGGGUAAGCUGACUGUGUCUAGUGUCAACAAUCCACGCAAGAUGAUUGAUGCUGUGGUAACAACUCGCUCAGAUGAUGAGGAAAAGAGAGAAAAGCAGGUUUGGAACAAGAGGCGGCAAAUUCUGUACACAGUGGAAAAGAUCUACAGUUUGCUUCUGGAGGUCCAGGACUUUGAGAAACGUUUUGUCCAUGCACCAGAAGAGGACAGAGAGCUUUUACUCGAGCAGCACAAAACCAACACCAUGCAGCUGUGCAACUCUCUGCAAGAAAAAGAUUGGGACGACAGGGUGAGCGAUGAUCGGUGCAUGAUGAUCAUGUCAGUGAGGAAGGGCAAGCGGCUCAUAUCCAGGCUGCUCCCCUAUCUGCCCUCCUCUCAGGCUGCUGCCGUUGUUAUGGCGAUUGCCCGCAACCUGCCCACCUUAGCCAAGAAGGACAAGCAAGACCAGGUGCUGUGCUGGUUGGUGGAGCCAAUUUCGGCUGUGAUAAUGUCCAUGUCCAGUGCUGCCCUCACAGACCUGCUGCAGGAGCUCCAGGGCAGUGAGGGUCAACUUGCCACAGUACUACAUAACAAGUUUGGUGUUACGCUGCUCUAUCUGAUCUUGAGUAAAGGAGAGAGGAUGCAAAGUUCUGACCCCAACUGUCAGCUCAUGGAUGACAAUCGAUGGACGGAGUUGGUGUUUUCUGUGACCAGGGAGUUGCUGAGCAUUCCCUCUACGUCUCUCUCGUCUCCUCUUUUUACGCCUCCCAAUUUGCUCUUCCUAUUCUCACGCUACGUGGACCGCCAACGCUUGGACUUGUUACAGGAAAAACUACAGAUUUCCACUUUGUCCCGGUAAAAGUUUCUGCAUCGUCAUCAACACAGAAGCCUCCUGGUAUAUUGCGGGCGAGUGUGUGUGUGUGUGUGUGUGUGGCAUUGUGAUGACUUGUUUUAAUCCAAUUUCUUCUCCUGCCCCUUUUUUUCUUGUGUGCGAGUGCGUCCGCGUGUGUAUGCAUUUUUUUUAAUGGAACCGAGCCGACUAAAUGAGAUUGAGGAUUUUUGAAUGCUAGCAAUGACAUCUGCGUUUUUAAAUAUAUUGUUUUGAAAAUUGAACCCUAAAAUUAAAAGUAUUUCUAUGAUAUCAAAUGUGCACUGCUAUUUUUCUUGUCCCGUUGCUUUGAGCGUAGUUCUCUAACACCGUAUAGCUGACAAAUAUGUCCAACUAAUCGAUUCCCUAAACUCCUCUGCUUUAAGUCUCUUUGUAAAUUAUUAUUGGAAUGUACAUUGUGUGUAACUGUCUUUUUAAAGUAAACUGAACAUGUGGUUUUCAAUAAAUGUACAAUUUUUUUUUUUAGUGAA